GGUCCGGACAGGACAGGGUAAGAGUGAGAGGGCCGAAGGGCGAGUCAGGGCUGUUCGGAGCCUUCAGUGUGGAUGGAUCACAUUCAAAUCCCGGCAUUACCCUAGAGUAGUGAAGAUACGGCAAAGGAUUCUGAAGCUGGUCAGCAUGGAGCUCGGAAAAGCAAAAUUGCUGCGAACUGGAAUUAAUGUAUUGCAUCAAGCUGUUCAUCCAAUUCAUGGGAUUGCCUGGACAGAUGGAAAGCAAGUCGCCCUCACUGCUGUUUACCUAGUCAAUGGUGAGGUAAAGUUUGGAGAUAGCAAUGUUAUUGGAAGUUUUGAACAUGUGAAUGGGCUUCAUUGGGGUCCUGUUUGUUAUACAGGAACUCUAGCACUGCUUGCUGUUCAGCAUAAAAAGCAUAUCACUGUAUGGCAGUUACAAAACAGCACAUUAGAACAAAAUAAACUAUUGGUUUCCCAAACUUGUGAACUUGGAGAGAUUUUUCCGAUUCUGCAACAAGGCUGCGUGUGGCAUCCAAAACAUGAUGCCUUGGUAGUGCUAACAAAAAGAGAUGCCUCUGUAUUGUUUGCAGUACAAAUUGAUAAUCGUAGAGUUAAAGUAGACAUCAAAGGUGGUGGCUUGAUUAAUUGUGCUUGUUGGACUUCAGAUGGAAAUCGUUUAGUGAUUGCCAUAGGCAGCACUCUUCAUUCUUAUAUUUGGAAUAAUACUCAAAAGACUCUUCAUGCAUGCAAUUUUUGCCCUAUUUUUGAUGUUGGAGGACAUAUCUGUGCAGUGGAGGCAUGUUUGGAUUUACAAGUGGUUGUGGCAACUGAACUGCCCCUUGAUAAAAUCUGCAGUCUUAAUGCUGGCCUUGCUUUUGAUGUUACACCCAUAUCAGAAACUGGAUCUUUAAUUUCACAGCCUACGAUGCUAUCUGCGGCUGAAACCCGUUCCAUGGAUUCAAGAAGAAAAUCAGUAGAUUCCUCAAGGUCAUUAACAGAAGAACCAACAUUUUUAUCAUCUGGUCCAGUAGAUUUGACGCAUAUUCUAGCAAAUCAUCGAAAAUCGGAUCCUAACCCCCUUAUUCACCUACAACGAAGGGAUUGCCUUACUGGAAGUGGUCAUGAUUCUUCACAUCUGAUUCUUGUAACUUUUGAGAGAAAAGUGACAACAACUAGAAAAGUAAGCAUACCUGGGAUUCUGGUUCCUGAUUUAUUAUGUUUUGACCCUCAUCGAUGCACAAUUGCUGUAUCAUCCAAUAUGUGUAACAUGAUAUUGCUCUACUCAGUAACACCUUCAAGUAUGCCUAAUAUUCAGCAAAUCCAUUUGCAGAAGAAUGAACGGCCAAAAGGCUUGUGUUUUCUGACUGAAACACUGCUGUUGCUUUUAGUUGGAAAACAAAAAUCGAAUGAUCUUGCUUUUCUCCCAACUUCUAAUUCAGAUCGUUAUUUAAUCAGACUUAUGACUAAAAAGCUCUUGUUAGAUGAUUCCUCGGAAAAUAUGAAGACCUGGCAGCCGGGUAUUAAUAUUUCAGGAAUGAAGAAAUAUUUUGAAAAUCUGUCCAAGGAAGAGGCAGUUUCAGGAAAAGAAUUGUUGUUGCCAGGGAAUACCACAAUUCUAUCUCCAAAUACUAAAAAGCGAUUAAUAGAAGAAAUAAGUAACAACAGCAGUGAGCAGAGCUCUGAAGCAAAUACUCCAAAACAAACAGAAGGAGCUGCACUUUGUGACUCUGCAAUGAUUUUGAAAGACUAUGAAGCAGAACCUGUAAAUAACUCUAUAACAAUGCACGGACUUGGACCAGCAAACAGAGACUUAAGUAGCCCAGUCUUAUUUAAGGAGAAUCAAAAUGAACAAUCACAUGCAAGUACUUCACUGAGCAACAAUGAUAAAGUGAAUGAUGAAAUUAAACAACUGUCUAUAAAAAUGGAAAAGUUGCUUGAUAGCUUUAAAGAAAUGAAACAGUGCCUUUCUCAAAUAUCAGAUUGUACAAGAAAUGGAAAGAAGUCAUCAUUGGCCUAUCCAUCUGAUCCAUCAUUUCUAUAUGUCAUCUGUCAGAAAAAGUUGCAAGAGAAUACAGUUGUGGAUGAAAAACGAGCUGUUCUCCUUUGUGAAGGCAAGCUUCGUCUAAGUACAGUCCAAGAAGUCUUUAACCUUUUUGUUGUUGAAAUGUUUUACGAUGUUUGCAGCUUGAAAAGGCCAAAUUUCUCCAAUUCUUCUUCACAACUGGGACCUCCAAUAGCUGGGGCUGGCUCUGCUUCUUGCAGCAAUUCUUCCGCAUUACAACACAGGAACAGGCCCUGCCAUCCCAACGAACAUGGGCCACCCAAUUACACCUCUGUGACCGUCAACUUACCCAGCUGUAGGUCACUGGAACAUGGGAGGAAACCAGAGCACCUGGAGGAAGCCCACGUGGACACGGGAAGGAGCACAGUUGGAAAAAACAUUGUUCAUUUUAAAAGGCGUUUACAGGAAAAAAAGAAAUAUGAAAGAAUUUUACAAUAAAAGCUAUACAUAAACAGAAAAGGACUGACCAGCACAAUUGUGCAAAAGAAGACAAGCUGUACAAAUAAAAAUAAUACUAAGAACAUGAUUUGUAAGGAGUCCUUGAAAGAGAAUGUCUGUGUUGUAAAAUCAAUUCAGAGUAGUGGUAAAUGAAGUUAGCCACAUCAGUUCAGGAGGCUGAUGGUUGUAGUGUAAUAGUUUUUUCCUGAACCUGGUGCUAUGGUGUAAUGGUAUUGAGUUCCCUGUCUGCAAAGCCCUAAGCUCAAGAGGAGAUUUUAAUCCAAUAUAGGUAUAUACAGACACCCUCAUUAUAUUCUAUAUACACCUAUUCUUCAAGGUCUAGCUUACUCCCCUGUCUGGUCUCUGCAAUAAGGUCUCUCUACCAAUGCCUACUGCUUGAGUGGUGGUUCUCCCCUUCCUCAAUAUCACCAUUCAAUAUACUACUCAAUAUCACCAUUGAGGAGAUAUUUUCACUAAUGAAGUAGUUUAAACACAAUUUAUUUUAUUUUUAAUGAUAAAUGUUUAAUUUUAGACAAAUAGUUCUUAACAAACAUUUAACACUGACAGGAUUUCUGAUUUACAAAAGAUUUCCAAACACAGAUGCAAUUCUUAUGAACUAAAAGAACAUACCAAUGAGUUGGAGACAAAUGAGUCGUGCUUCGCCGGAACCGAAGACCAACAAUGAAUUUUAGUUCUUUUUCUCUCACCCUCCUUGCCAUUCAUAAUAAAUCCCAAUGCUCAUACCGUCUUGCUACUAGAUGAUGAUAUCUGCAUAUGAUGUUCUCCAGAUGCCUUCUCACAGAUGGUCUAAAAGUUUCUGGGGACAAUGGGGCAAAUAACUAAGCUGUAGUUGUCUGGUUUAAUGUAGGCCCAUUAACAGAGUCCUAUUGUCUUCAUUCAUUUGGCUAAUGCAAACAGGAAGUCCCAUGAACACUUCACUCGGCAAACCACAUUUAAUAGCAGCCAGCUCCCCUCCCUUCACCCUCCACUGCUGCGGGCAAGCACCCUCUGCUCUGUAAUAAUGUUUUCAAAGUGCUUUUAACUUCAGACUGAUUUCUUCUUGCUACUUACAUUAAGAACUGAAGACUGAUUCUUGUUCACAACAAGAAGCUGAGCAAGGAAACUUUGUCACAAACAAGUCUGACCCUUUGGAAAGGACAUGCUGCUGCAGUAGAAAGCUGAGGUCAGCAUUAAGCCACUCAGGCUGUAGAAAAUAAAUAUCCACCACAGAGGGACCUAAGGCUUCUGUUCUUCCUGUCCAAUGGUGAGGUGGUGAGGUAGGGCAUGGCUUGGAUCAGGAUCAGAAUCACAAUUAAGUUUAGUGUCACCAGUAUAUGUGUGAAAUGAGUUAACUUUGUGGCAGCAGUACAAUGUAAUAAUAAUAAUAGAGAGAAAACUAUGAAUUACAGUAAAAAUAGGAAGUAAAAAAAGUAGUGAGAUAGAGUUCAUGGGUUCAAUUUCCAUUCAGAAAAUCAGAUGGCAGAGGGGAAGAUGUUCCUGAAUCAUUGAGUGUGUACCUUCAGGCUUCUGUACCUCCUUCCUGAUGGUAACAAUGAGAAGAGGGCAUGUCCUGGGUGGUGGGGUCUUUAAUGAUGGAUGCCAAGUUUUUGAGGCACUGCUCCUUGAAGAUGUCCUGGAUACUACAGAGGCUAGUGCCCAUGAUCGAGCUGACUAAGUUUACAACCCUGCAGCUUACUUCGAUGCUGUGCUGUAGCACCAUCCCCCCCCCCCCCACCUCUAAUACCAGAUGGUGGCGCAGCCAGUUAGAAUGCUCUCCACAAUGCAUCUGUAGAAAUCUGCAAGUGUUUUUUUUAGUGAUAUUUGAGAUCUCCUCAAACUCCAAUAUAGCUGAUGUGGUGCCUUUUUUAUAUCUGCAUCAAUAUGUAGCUAUAAAGAUUAGAUCCUCAGGAAAAUUGACACUCAGGAACAUGAAAUUGUUCACUGUUUCUACUUCUGAUCCCUCUAUGAGGAUUGGUGUGUGUUCCCUCAUUUUACCCUUUCUGAAGUCCACAAUCAGAUCUUUGAUCUUACUGAUGUUGAAUGCAAGGCCAUUGUUGCGACACCACACAACUAGCUGGUGUAUGUUCGAUGCUGAAGUUUUUGAUGAUGAUGCUGCUUUCUUGUGGAAAUGCUCAAUGUAAAUGCACUCAGUGGUGGAGAGGACUUCUCCAAUGAUGGACUGAUGUGUAUCCAUCACUUUGUGUGGCCCUUUCUGUUCCUGGGCAUUAAUGCAUCCGUACCAUUUGAUAUUGUUUAGAGUUGUAUUUUGCAGAUGCAUCAUCUCAGUGGAGUGAAAAUGUGGAGUAAUUGAAUAAAUGUUUAGCAGACCUCCUCUGACUGUACAGGAGACAUUAUUGAAAGUAAUUGUAUAUAUCAGUGAAACUAUGUGAAGAUAGACCAAUGAGGCUGGUAGAAAGGGGGAGGAUGCAAGUGGAAGGUGACGGGACCAAUGUCAAAUGUCGAGAAAAAUAAUACAAUCCUGUCACAAAGAAGAUGUAAUUCAUGAGUGAAAUACAAAUUCAAAGAUUUUGAAUGAAAAUAUUCAAAAUGGUACAAUAUUUUGGAAAAGAUUGAGAUUCCAUUAGGUUGUUGGUUUGAACGCUGUGAUAUAAUAUACAAUUUAAUUUUCACAUUGAAAUAAGGGCUAUCUAUUAGAGAUAAGUAGUACAGAACAGAAUCAGGUUUAAUAUCACCAGCAUAUGUCACGAAAUUUGUUGUCAUGUGGCAGCAGUACGUCAGAAUGCAUAGUAAUAAAACUAUAAAUUACAGUAAGAAGUAUUUACUUUUUAAAAAGUUAAAUUAAAUAAGAAAUGCAAAAUGAGAAGAAGAAAGUAGUGAGGUAAUGUUCAUGAGUUCAAUGUCCAUUUAGAAAUCUGAAAGCAGAGGGAAGAAGCUAUUUCUGAAUCAUUGAGUGUGCCUUCAAUCUUCUCACUGAUAGUAACAAAUGAGAAGAGGGAUGUUCUGGGUGAUGGAGGUCCUUAAUAAUCUAUGCAGCCUUUUUGAGGCAUCACUCCUUGAAGAUGUCCUGGGUACUGGGGAGGCUAGUGCCCAUGAUGAUGGUGACUCUCAACUUAUUUUGAUCCAGUGCAAUCCCCCCAUCCCCGCCCAUACUGAAUGGUGAUACAGCCAGUAACGAUGCUCUCCAUGGUACAUCUCUAGAAAUUUGCUAGUGUCUUUAGUGACAUGCCAAAUCUCUUCAAAUUCCUAAUGAAGGAUUGCUGUGGUCACGCCUUCUUUGUAACUGCAUCGAUAUGUUGGGCCCAGGAUAGAUCCUCAGAGAUGUUGACACCCAGGAACUUGAAAUUGUUCAACCUGUCAGUAAAACAUAUGCCUCAUGAUUUUGCAAAUUAUGAAAAAAGUUCAUCAUUCAAUAUUUUUCUGUCAGCAUUAUAGUAUCCAGAGAUAAAGAUGUAAUUUUGUUAGCAAAAUGUACCUUUUCUGGGCAGCAAGAUUUGAUAAACUAUAAAUGUCUGAAAUGUGGCCACAUUUUCAAAUUUAAUAUAAUGAAUGAUCCAAGUGAUAGCAUUUUUAUCUAAUCAGAAAUAUCCCACUCAUAGUCAUUGUGCACUGCCUACAUAUUUAUGUUCCUACACUAAUGCUAAUAUAAAAUAUUACCAUAACUGCUGCUGCUGUGUAUUUAACAUUGCUCUUUGAAAUCCAGUUAUCUUUUAAUAUUAGAAAUUUUGGAAUUAUGUUAUGCAUUGGUUUGAAAGCUUAUUAACCCGAAGAAAUUCAAGCCUCCCUUGUUAUUGGAUUGUAUGUGAUGGGCACGGUGGGCAAGGGCCCACAGCAGGAAUCUGUCUUUUGAUAUAAUGAGGUUUUGUAACAUAGUUUUGGUUCUUCA